AUGGAAGAAGUCAAUGCGUAUUCACCCUACAAGGCCUACUACGGGUUUGACAGGACUUACAUCAGGCGCAUGUCAUUGCUCGAUUACAUGAAAGAGGAUGAAGAUGCCACCUCUGUGGAGGGUUUGCGAUGCCAGACGGAUGAUGCCAAGAGAAGGAAUGGCCUGCUCACUUCACGAGACCCCAAUGUAGUGUUUCGUUCCCAGUUUCCAGUGCGUGAUAACUGUGGUCGUGAACUGUGUGUACUCUACCAAAUAAUCGAGUCGGAGGUGCAACACGAACUCCUCCGUGUGGAGGGACGAGGGGAUGCCACACGAAACUCUGCUGUGCGUCUCGCUUCGGGUACUGGUGUUAGUAAUGAGAGAAACCACGCUUCUGUGACCCGCCCAGUGGGCCACGUGGAGGAACAGGACCACGAGGGCAGGGACUCCGUGUACCGACCAACACCAUAUGUCAACUUGCCCCCAAUGAAUGACACAGAAAGUAACUUUGAGGUGUCUGCAUCAACUCAGCGGUUUUCCAGCUUGGUCGCCCCAUCGGAGUCGUACACGCUAACACCAGCGGCGGCAGCGGCUGGCACGGUUCCGAUGUCUCAAUUUUCCACUUACCCUGAUAGGAGAGCGAAUCCAUGCGUGAACCCCUUUCCAUGGUCAGAAGGUGUUGUCGGGCAGCCGCGGCAACAACCACGGGAUCAAUUACUAUUUCAAUCAGAGGUGAUAUCAGAUGGUCGUCAUUCCGCGUUUCCAGUGCUGCUCUCUACUGGUGAAGAUCUUGGGCAGUCGUCCGAGAACCAAACGAGCCAAUUAGCCUCGGCGGCGCCACCUCUGCGAAGCAGCACAGCGUCUCCUUUGGAGUGGCAAGGUGCCGUCAACGAUAGACUAGGAGGGGAGGGCGUAACGUCAAGUAGUUCGGUGCUCCACGCCAAAACGUCUCCUGAAUGUCCUGCGGAUGGGUCCGCAUCGCAACGCGCAGGAGAGGGGUUGUCGGAGUUUCGCACGACAAAGCAGCUUUUCCCACCCAAGUGCGGACCGACGCCGCAGUCCACUGUUCAUCAUCCCGUCACUAUACCUACUAAGGUUUAUGGAGCUCAAAGCCAAACCAUCCCCGCUGCUAGCGUUUUGUCGUUUGUUAACGCAAACGUUGAGGCGUUCUGCUCAGGUGGCGAAUUUUACACAAGUGAUGCGUCCGCACCGCAGGUAUCGCCUGGCAAAGUUUUGGUUCUGGAAGGCCGUUUUUACCGUAUCGUGUGCCACCAUGCCUCUGCUGAUGUGUACGAGGCGCAGGAAAUGACGGAGGGUCCAACGCAGGGCGUGCCCUCAGUUAUCCCUUCUUGUUCUUCUGCCAUGGGCUCACCUCCGCAGGCUCUUAUUUACCGCUGGAGCGUAAGAGCAGUGCAAGAGGGAGUAAAUGAGGCACAUCGUGCGGCACUUGGAUUAUCGUAUGUCACUGGCAGUACAUCCGCUGUGCAUGUUGCCGGCUACCGCUACUCUGAUGGGGGGCUGACCGUCAUUACACUGGCUAAAGGGUACCGCAGCGUUCCGCUCUCUCUUCUUCCCCUGUCGCCUUGCUCGUUUCCUACGUGUAUGAAGCUAAUACUCAAGAUGCUGUUGGACCUUGUUGCGAGACGCACGGUGCACGGUAAUCUCUACGGAUUGAACCACAUUUUCUUUGCUCUACCUGAUGGUGGCGGUGCUCAGGACAUGACCUCGGCAUUGCUAAUUCCAGUGCACUGGGAAAAAUUAGUGGAUUUUAGCAUGUUUGUCGACCGCAACGCUGGACGAACCAUUCCGCUAACUUAUGGGGAGAGUUGCCACAGGGGUGAGUGCGUGUUUCAUGGCCAUGACGUGGCAACGCUUAUGCGUGCGCUUCUAGAAAAUGAAAACGCUAUACACCUUCACCAACAGCAGGUAGAAAAGAUUCGGAGCCUUGUGUCAGGGGUGGCGGAGGGUAUGCAGGUGGCCGCUUAUUUGGUUCAGUUAAACACUGCCAUGUUGGCUAUUCCGGGCGACGCCGUAGCGCUCAUAAAUGAGUAUAACGCGGCGCUCCGAUUUCCUCGUUAG